AUGCACCAACAACAAGCUGAUGAAUACGAUGGUGAAGAAGAAGAUGUUGAAAUAGGCGGUCGUAGUAGCAAGAUGCCCCCACCCAAAAAACCAAGGCAAAAAGGUCCUAUAGACAUGUACUUCACUCCUAAUCCUCGAGAAGCAAUCAAAGCUAGGAAGGAAGGGAGACAACAAACCAUCAAUGAAACAUGUCGAAAGAACCUUAGGGAUAAAGUUUGUCAUGAGAUUGGGAGGUGGUUUAACGAUGCAGGUAUUCCUUUUAAUGCCGCAACAUAUGAGAGUUUUCAAAUAAUGAUCGAAGCAAUCGGACAGUUUGGCCCCGGGAUAAAAGCACCAAGUAUGUACGAGUUAAGAGUUCCCAUACUUAACAAGGAAGUAGAGGAAGUUCAAAACCAAAUUGUGGAAAAUAAGAAAGAAUGGGCAGAAAAAGGUUGUUCAAUACUAUCGGAUGGAUGGCGUGAUUCCGUUGUUCUAAAAGAUAUCAUCAACUUCCUGGUAAACUCCCCAAAGGGUUCGGUCUUCGUGAAGUCACUUGAUGUAUCUGAUGUUUCAAAGGAUGCUGAUUUGUUAUUUCAUGUUCUUGAUAAAAUGGUGGAGGAAGUUGGUGAAGAGAAUGUGGUGCAGGUGGUGACUGAUAAUGCAUCAGCUUAUGUGAAGGCAGGGAAGUUAUUGGAAGCUAAAAGACCACAUCUCUAUUGGACACCAUGUGCUGCACACUGCCUAGACUUGAUGUUGGAGGAUAUUGGCAAACACAUUCCUAGGGUUAAAAAUGCUUUAAAAAAGGCCAUUUACUCAAAUGGAUAUAUAUAUAGUCAUGUUGGUUUUGUGAACUUGAUGAGAAAGUUCACAAACCAAAGAAACUUGCAUAGACCGGCCAUCACAAGAUUUGCUACUUCCUUCAUCACUCUUGCCCAGAUCCACAAACAAAAAAAUAAUUUGAGGAAGAUGGUGACUUCUCAAGAGUGGGAAGCGAGCAAGUGGUCUAAAGAACCCACGGGUAAGAAAAUAAAGUCUUACUUUUUGCAAGAAACGUUCUGGAGGAAUGUACUUUAUUCUCUCAAGUUGACGGACCCCUUAGUGAAAGUUCUUAGACUAGUUGAUGGAGAAAAAAAUCCAGCCAUGGGGUACAUCUAUGAGGUAAUGGAUAGAGCUAAGGAGGCAAUUCGUGAUAGUUUUCCGAAUCGAGAAGAUGAUUUACAAGAAAGCUUUUGA